UCAGUAAAGUUUGACAUGACGACUGUAUUGUGAUUAGUGUGCGUGACCAUAGUAUAAAAUUCGAUAUUACCUUACGUUUACGGUUAUAAAAAGUAUUAACCGGGGGUUUUCUUUCUGCGAAUAUAUUGUUUUCGUUGAACGGCGCGUUAGACUGCGAUACCAAGGAAAAGUCAACAUAACCUCAACAAAUUGUGCGGCCAUGGAAGUUCAAGAGUACAAAGAUUCUCUCAAGCAGAAGGCAGAACAUUUAAUUAUAAAGGGAUUUCCAGAAAAAAUAGUAAAGUUGAAUGAACUAUUAGAAACACCAAAUUUCCAAAAUCGAAUUUUAACCGACGUCCACCAGGACUUAAACAUUCCAGUGCCCCCUCCAGCAGUGGUUUCUAAUGAGCCCAAUGCAAAGCGGCCACGGCUUGACUCUUCAGAUGUGUCAAGUAACUCCACUGUGGAUGGCUCAAAAGUUUAUGCUCUUCCUAAUGGAACAGUACCAUGCAACAAACCACUAAGUGACCUCAUACACCUUGUCAAACCUCACAUUAGAGAGCUGGUAGAGGAUUCUAAUCUGCUGAAAAUGUGGAUCUCAUUUAUGAUUCCCAAAAUUGAAGAUGGUAAUAAUUUUGGUGUAUCAAUACAAGAGGACACCCUUGCAGAGAUUCAAUCAGUGGAGUCUGAAGCGGCCGCAUUCUUUGACCAGAUUUCACGGUACUUCAUAUCCAGAGCAAAAAUUGUCUCAAAAGUUGCAAAAUAUCCACACAUUGAUGACUACAGGAGAGCUGUUAAAGAAUUGGACGAAAAAGAGUACCUUUCAUUGUGGCUAGUGAUGUGUGAGAUCCGCAACCGCUACUGUUCCCUACACGACAUUGUCAUCAAAAACCUGGAGAAGAUCAAGAAGCCUCGCUCAUCCAACGCCGAGUCUUUAUACUAGCUUAUUUGUAAUGGUCACAUGAAAUUGUAAAUAUAAUUCAUUGUGGCGAGCUCAAUAGAGAAUCUCAUGUUUUAUUCACUAGACCUGUGUAUACUGCGACUUGACUGUGCCUGUCCUGUUUGCAUUGCGACAAUUCACCGCAGGAUAAUUAUUUUUCCGUCCCCAAGGUCCUUUGAUAAAUAGCACAAGAUGAACAGGAAAAAAUUAUAGUAAUAUGUUUUUAUUUUGCAACUUAUAUAAUUUUAAAUACCCGAGACACUUGGGGGGUACUAAUGGGUCUCAAAAAUCUGUAAUGGUAUAUAGAAUAUUACUAUUCUAUUCUUUUUUUUCUGCAUGAAGUUUGGUGCUUGGUUUUUACUUGUAAUACAAAAAAAAUAACAUAAAUAUCCAGUGGACACUGCUGCCCAGUAGUUUAUCAGCGCAACGCAGAAAUAGUCUCUUUUCGUUUUAAGUAAACAGUAACACACGAAAAGGGACGAUCGGAAAGACUCACAGUGUUCAUUCAAUAGACCACAAGAAAAGAUUUCCUUCAAUAUGUUCCUAUGAAAAGUGGUAGUGCAUUAUGUUCAUAAUUAUCCUUUGUAGACUCCAUCGCGUUAAUGCGGAUAAAUAUUUUCAUUUUUCACAGUAUUAUAUUUAACGUGAUUAAGUUCUUUAUCAAAAUUUCCAAUUUUACGUCAUGGUAUUUACUCCGUUCGUAUUCUAUUUACUUAGUUAUUUUCACGUUCUUAUUAAACUAUUUCGUGUCAUAUAGUUUUAACAAUACACCUAAGCCUCAGAAGUUCUAGUGAAUGAAAUGUGGGAAACGUGUACCCACUGGUUUUUUUAACAAGCUGUGGUUUAUUAAUUAAGCUAUAUUUGUUUCUAUUGUGUGUUGUCGAAUAACUUAAUUUUCAAUAUACCUAUUUUUUUAGUAUGUUUUGAUUUUAAUAUGAAAAAGACAUUAAGUACCUAUUAUAUAGACAACAGUUUUAAUGAAAACCAUGGUUUUUAUUAUGAGACCAACUUCGAAAUAUAUUUCUUCACAAUAGUAUAUUCACUUUUUGAUUAAUUUCAUAUGAAUUUGUUCGAAGUUAGCCUUGUAUUAGAAGUUAGUAUUAAAAUGAAUGGUUACUUCGUGGAAUAAUUCCUAAUUUUGCAUAAAUAUUACUGUUAAUCUUUGUAAGGCAUAGUUUCAAACCACAUUACUGUUAAUAAAAUCAGUGUGGAACAAAAUAAUCUCGAUUGACAUCAGUGGUUAAAUAGACAUUAGAUUGUACCUAAUUUUAAGUGCGAAAACUUUAUAUUUACUGGUACAACAUAAUUCGUACUAUUUAAUACUUUACAGUUUUAAGUUGAAAGUAGUAUUAAUUUUACAGAAAAAUUUGGUUACAAGUGCCUGUAAAGAUUUUGAAUGACGAAUUACAAGAACCUUACUACACAUAGUGAUAUGAAUUGGCUGUUAGUCAACAUUUAAUUUAAUAUGUACCCAAUACCCAUUUAAUUGUCUAUAAAUACAUUUCUAUGAAUGUGUA